AUGACGGAGAGGAUUUGGGGGAUGCCGGUAGAGAGUCAACCACCCUCGGAACCGCCGGAUGGGGGUGUUGGGGGUCUCAAGCUGGGUCAGUCAAUGACCUUUAAGGAGAAGGUGCUGGGUACUCCAGCUAUGCGGCCGGCUGUUCGAGAUCUUAUCAAGGAGGGGGCCAUGACGUUAGAGUUUGAAGGUGGAGACCGGUUGUUUCCUAAAUUUAGCAUCACGGCACCCACGUUGAAACAGUUGUGUGCACCAUGGGAAAAGUGCCUAGUGAUCAAGCUGCUAGGGAGAGAGGUGGGGUUUUUAACCUUGCGGGACAGACUACCUGCGUUGUGGAAGGCUCAAGGAGGGCUCGAGUUGCUGGACGUGUCACAUGGUUACUACAUGGUGAAGUUUGAUUUAGAGGCAGAUAGAGAACGAGUCAUGCACGGGGGUCCUUGGAUGCUCUUUGAUCACUAUCUGAUUGUUCGUCCAUGGUCCCCGGAUUUCGUUGCGUCAGCAACGAAGGUCGACAGCACUCUUGUCUGGGUUCGGUUUUCGGGACUCGGAGUGAUGUUCUAUGAUGAGAGUGUUCUCCUAACGAUUGCUUCGGCCAUUGGGAAACCAGUCAAGGUGGAUCUGAAUACCCUGAAUAUGACACGAGGUAGGUUUGCACGGGUCUGUGUCGAGAUUGAUUUAAAUGUACCAGUUGUUGGACGGUUCUUCCUUAAUGGGGUGUGGUAUAAUGUUGAAUAUGAGGGCUUACAUUUGCUAUGCUCGGCGUGCGGCUGUUAUGGGCAUGUUCUGCGAAAUUGUACUCACGCGAACAAGACUGCAGUAUUGGUGUAUGGUGAGGGAGUGAAAGAGGCGACGGAGCAGCCGUCAGGAGACCUACCGCGGAAUGUAGAAUCUGCUGCGGUAUCAGGAGAGAAAUCCGCCCCACAAAUUAGGGGGGAAAUUCCGCUGGAUCCGCAUGGGGAGUGGUUGGUGGUGAAACGGCGGAAUCGGAGACAAAAUCCUGGGAAACCGUUGAAUAAGGAUCAUGCAUUCGGGGAUAAAUACGUUGAUGGGGGCCACGGGUUGAUUCAAGGUGCAUUUGGCAUGGGGCCCACACUAGAACGUAAGAAACGUAGUAGGGGAGAGGGUGUUGUGGUACGUCCACGGCCCACGGUUUUUGCACCAGCCUUGGGCUCGUCUAGGGCCCACAAUCCGCACGCGAGUAUUCCGCUUAAGGCCCACGUAGCUGGUCCAAAUUUGGUGCAGGUGGGAUCACCGGGGAGUCCAGCCGUGAGUAUGGCACAAUGCGUGCUUCAACCGGGUUCCACGACUAAAGUAUCACAUGUUUCCGAGGACGAUGAUAAUGAGAGCCUGGGUACGGCGGAGGGUAUGCAAUAUGAAGAAGAGGAAGUCAUGGUAGCUUGA